AUGGCUUCAAGGGUGGUUUUGGUGAUGUUGAUGAUGGUGUUCGUCAUUAACUGUAACUGCACAAGUGUUGGCCACAUGCCCUCAAACAAAGAGGAAGGUCAAGACUUUGAGGAGGUUAAAGCCAAGACAACACAAACUGAGGAUACGGGGAAAGAAGGGACAGAGUCAUGGAAAGAGUGGGCUAAAGAGAAACUCAGUGAAGGGCUUGGGUUCAAGCAUGAUGAACCCAAGGACAAAGAGAGCACCACUAAAAAAGUGAUUGACACUGCCGGUGACACUGCACACAAAACCAUAGAUUUUGCUGGUGACACUGCACAGAAGACUAAGGACUAUGCGGGUGACACUGCACACAAAACCAUAGACUAUGCCGGUGACACUGCACACAAGACCACGGACACUGCUCAGAAGACCAAAGAUUAUGCAGUUGAUGCUGCUCAGAAGGCCAAAGACUAUGCAGGUAGUGCUACUCAGAAGACCAAAGACUAUGCAGGUAGUGCUGCUCAGAAGACAAAAGAAUAUGCUGGUGAUGCUGCUCAGAAGGCCAAAGAAUACGCUGGUGAUGCUACUCAGAAAGCCAAAGAAUAUGCUGGUGAUGCUACUCAGAAGACUACAGAUUAUGCUGGUAGUGCUGCUCAGAAGGCCAAAGACUAUGCUGGCGAUGCUACUCAGAAGACCACACAGAAGACUACAGAUUGUGCCAGUGACGCAGCACAAAAGGCCAAAGACUAUGCUGGUGAUGCUAUUAAGAAGAGCACACAGAAGACUACAGAUUAUGCCAGUGACGCAGCACAGAAGACCAAAGACUAUGCUGGUGAUGCUACUCAGAAAACCAAAGACUAUGCUGGUGAUGCUACUCAGAAAACCAAAGACUAUGCUGGUGAUACUACUCAGAAGACCAAAGACACCAAAGACAAGAUGUCUGAUUAUGCUAGUGACACGGCUCAGAAGACCAAGGAAAAGCUCCAAGACGUUGCCUCUGGGGCUGGUCAAUACAGUGCGGAGAAGGCGAGAGAAAUGAAGGACGCUGCAGCAGAGAAGGCAAGUGACAUGGCAAAUGCAGCCAAGGAAACCAUAGCUUCUAACUAUGAAGCUGCCAAGCAAAAAUCACAACAAGUGAAAGAUAGAUUACAAGGUGGACAACACCGUGAUGCUGAGCUUUGA